AUGCGAGAGGCAAGGCGACCAGCAGCCGCCAAAGCCUCUAGAGUCCAGAGUCCAUUCGUGACGAAGGCGUCGCGGGAGGAGGCAAAUAAAAUAAAAGUGUUACCAUGUCGAGCGCGGAAAAAGUGUUGGAGUGAUAUACUGAAUGGGACGCAAAGUGACCUUAAGGAGAGCAGAAUGAUCAGUGUCAUAGGGAAUUCGGUCGUGAGGUUCCUGACUGCGGUCACCUUGCCUCUCCUCCGCCUGAUCCUGCUGUUCGUGGUGCGGGAGGCCGGGGAAAGGGGGAACUAUGCUCUGAGCGGACAACUGCACGCGGACUAUGACUUCAUCGUCGUCGGCGCCGGGAGUGGCGGAAGUGUCAUGGCCUCCAGAUUAUCCGAGGUCGAGGGCUGGCGCGUGCUGGUGGUGGAGGCGGGCGGUCCUCCUCCUGCGGAAACCUUCCUGCCGGCGUUCGUGCCGUUCUUCUUCCUCCCUGGCCAUGACCUAGACUGGGACUACAACUCCACGCCUCAGAAGCACGGGCUGAAGAACUUUGAGAAUCGGAUGGCGCGCCUCCCCCAAGGGCGCGUGAUCGGCGGUACCUCGUCCAUCAACGGCCUGAUGUACGUGCGAGGAAACCGGCGCGACUUCGACCACUGGGCCUCCCUCGGGAACGCGGGCUGGGACUACCGGUCUGUGUUGCCGUAUUUCAUCAAGGCCGAAAAUUACUAUGGCAGCUUCCUGGGAGAGAAUGACAUUGCUCUGAUGACAGACAGUCUUGCUUUAGUUCGGUCAACCAGGUACUCGGCCUUCUUGAAGGAGAAGGUCCGGUGUAUCCAUACCCCAAGAUCGACUGGCAGACUGUUGCUGCUAGUUCUCGAAGAGAACUCGCACGCUAGUCUGUUUGCCUCUGCUCGAGGACAGUGGGCCAAGACAUUCUGGAAUGCCUGCCAGUCGGCCUUGUCUGUUUUCCAUCUUGGAUUUGGUCGUGGGACUUCGGCUGAGCCAGCAUCCAUGAGGUUUGAGGGGCCCCCUGACCAGAUGAAUCUCAACGGUAAGAGAUUGUCUCCGCACCAUCCAAAGACUAUUUCGCCACAGCGAGGGAGAGAAGUUAACUUCGAGGUGGUUCCAGUGGCGGGAUGGGAAGGCAGUGUCCUGUCUAGCAGUAGCUAUUAUGACAGAGGCACGGGAAGCGCGUGUGUAGGUGUAAACCCCUGCCACCCAAAGGCUGUUUCACCGCAGCGAGGGAAGAGGAGUCCUGCAGAUUUUCAAGGAAGCAUCUACAGCCCUCAGAAGCAGCCACCUAAAGGCUGGUUCACCACAGGGUCAGCCCUGAGCCCGUUCUCGUUUGUUGCUAUCAUGGACGAGUUAACUGAUGGGCCUUGGAAAGGAGCGCCGUGGUCUAGGAUGUUUGCAGACGACAUUGUGUUAUGUAGCGAUAGUAGAGGAGAAUGUUAUGAAGGCAUGAUUUCAGCAACACCUCAAGAUUACACUGUACCGCAUCCUCUCAAAUCGCCAGAUGUAAUUCCCACUGUGGGUGUUUGGGCGGCCAUGGGCAGAGACUUCCCAAGAUCAUACCUGCAGUCGUAUCGCGGACGGAGCGGGCCCUUGGCGGUGACCCCAGACUCUCCCGGACCCAUUUUUAAAGCCUUUGUCAGGGGUGGCCAGGAAUUGGGCUAUUCCAUGGUCGAUUACAACGGUCCUGAGCAGAUGGGUUUUGCAGUCAACCAGUACACAGUCGGCAAUGGCACGAGAGUGUCAUCAGCGGAGGGUUACCUGCGACCUGUCACCUCCAGACCUAAUUUGCAUGUUCUUCACAGCGCCACCGUCCAUAAAAUUAUCUUUGAUGAAGACAAGAGGGCCGUUGGUGUUCGCCUGCAGUACAGGGGAAAGAUGCUUACAAUUGGCGCACGUCGAGAAGUGAUCGUGUCUUCAGGUGCAAUAGGAUCGCCCAAAUUACUUCUGCUCUCCGGUGUGGGCCCCAGGACCCAUCUCCAGCAACAUCGGAUAAACGUUGUGGCGGACGUGCCGGGCGUCGGGCAGAACUUCCACGACCACGUAGACGUUAACGGUCUCACGUGGACAGUCCCGUUCGGAGCUAGUCCUCAAUCCCUUGGUCUUCUUGCGACCACAGACGUCUUCUCGCCUUCAUCUUUACAUGAAUUCAUUAAGUCCAGGAAAGGUCCACUGACUCGGAUACCGCUUGAAGUUUUCAAUGCUUGGGUGAAGGUAUCACGGGGAGGUGACCCUCUCUGGACAGACACGCAGAUUUUCUUCAAUGGAUUCACAGCAGGGACAGACUUUGGUCUGUUCUAUCCAUCACUCUGGGGCAUGGACAGAACUUUCAGUAAAGAAUAUUACAAAGAGAUCUUUGGUCGGGAGGGUUUCACUAUCAGACCAGUGCUUGUAAGACCAAAGAGCCGAGGGUCAGUCACUCUUCUCUCAAGUGACCCAACACGACCUCCAGCCAUUGACCCCAACUACCUGAGUCAUCCAGAUGAUGUGGCCACGCUCGUUAAUGGUAUAAAGUUUUCGUUAGCACUGGGCAACACAACUGAAUUUGCCAGAACCUACAGAGCAAGUUUCUUCAAUAAGCCUUUACGUGGUUGUGAAAACCUACCAGACGGGAGUGAUCAAUACUGGGCGUGUUAUGUACGUCACAUGGCCUCUACCUUUCUACACUAUGUUGGCUCCUGUAAAAUGGCACCGUCCUCAGAUCCUUUAGGUGUUGUGGAUAACAGACUAAGAGUUCGCGGAGUAAAGGGACUGCGUGUAGUGGAUGCUUCCGUCAUGCCCUCUGUUACCUCUGGGAAUACCUACGCACCAGUUAUUAUGAUUGCAGAAAAGGCUUCUGAUAUUGUUAAACAAGACUGGAAUCAACUAGCGUAGAUCUGAUCUUUGAUAUAAUAAGGUAUAAA